CACAUCGCCCACCAUGAUCUUGCGCUUCUCAAGUCGUAUUGGCCAGUUUCGCUUGACCGUCGAGCCCUCGACCGACCUCGCAUCCCUACUUCCUCAAGUUCUCGAGAAGCUCACUCCCGAAACCGUCCCUUCAUCAGUCUCAAUAAGCCCGCAACGUGGUGGCCAAUCAAGAUCUCUCGAGAGCCUCAAGGGCGUCACUGUCCAGAAACUCGGUCUUGCCAAUGGUGCUCAAAUCUUUAUCGAGUUCAGUGAAGGCCAAGCUCCAACUAAUGACCAACCACCCGCUCCAUCCAACGCCUACAGACUAAACGGAAAAGAAGUCACUGCUCAAGACACCGCCACCAUCGCCAUCCCCAACCUCACUGCUCAGACACGUGUCGACAACCCCUGGGAUACAGUCAAGCAGUUGCCCAUCGAUGACGCUUUGGACAAGGAUAAUGGCAAGAUCAAGAGACCUCGCGACACCAGAAUGUGCAGACAUGGUCCUAAUGGCAUGUGUGACCACUGUCAACCCAUCGAGCCCUACGAUGCUGGCUAUCUGGCUGAGAAGAAGAUCAAGCACCUUUCAUACCACGCAUACCUUCGCAAGAUGAACCAAGGAAAGAACAAGUACGAGUCUGGAAGUUCCUGGAUGCCUCCGCUCACCGAACCUUACUACCGCGUAAAUCCAAACUGUCCGUCUGGUCACAAGCCUUUCCCUGCUGGCAUUUGCACGAAAUGCCAACCCAGCGCCAUCACUUUGCAACCUCAGCCCUACCGCAUGGUCGACCACGUCGAAUUCUCAUCGCCUGCAAUCAUCAACAAGAUCCUGGACUUCUGGCGAAACUCGGCAGCUCAGAGGAUUGGUUUUAUGUACGGUCGCUACGAACCUUACUCGGAGAUUCCCCUCGGCACAAAAGCUGUUAUCGAGGCUAUUUACGAACCUCCUCAAGUCAACGAACUUGACGGCGUGACGCUGAACGAUUGGGCAAACGAGAACGAGAUCGACCGAGUGGCGUCGCUUUGCGGUCUCCAGCGUGUCGGUGUCAUAUAUACUGAUCUAAUCGAUUCUGGCAAGGGCGACGGCACCGUUGUGUGCAAACGCCAUAACGACUCUUACUACAUGUCUUCGCUAGAGAUCAUGUUCGCCUCGAGAUUCCAAGCCAAGUACCCGCGCCCCUCGAGAUGGAGCGAGACAGGCUCAUUCGGCUCCAACUUCGUUACCUGUGUCAUCACUGGUGAUGACGAAGACCAAAUCGCCGUUCAAGCAUAUCAAGCAUCCGACUCUGCUGUGGAGAUGACAAGAGCUGACAUCAUCGAACCGUCCGCGGAUCCGACUGUAAUGCUAGUGCGAGACGAGGACGAAGACAACGAGUUGGGCCGUACACGUUACAUUCCAGAGGUCUUUUAUCGCCGUAUCAACGAGUACGGAGCGAACGUGCAAGAAAAUGCCAAGCCCUCUUUCCCAGUCGAUUACCUACUGGUCACACUCACGCACGGUUUCCCACUCCAAGCCAACCCCUUGUUCACCAGCGAGGAGGGAUUCAUCGUAGAAAACAGAGAGAUGAUCGGACAAUCGCAGGAGCCUAGAGCUCUCAAGAGCUUCCUGAGCAAGGUGGCUAGACUCGACACCACCGACGGAGCCCAGAAGAUGUCAGACUUCCACGCCUUAUGUUUUGUACAUACAAUGGGCGUUUUGAGCGAGUUCCGCCUCCUCUGUCAAGUGGCAACGCAGAAGGACACGAGCCUUGGUGCAGCGUUGCAGCAAACACCAGGUUGGGCCACACUCCAGACGAUCCUUGACAUGUACGGCGACCGUCGACCAAAGAGACCAAACGAGUGGUCCGCCAGUGGCGGGGCCUCAGGCUACGGCAGCGACGGAGAGCAGCUCGCCAAAAGAGUCAAGAACAUCGGCCUCAAUGGCUCGAAA